AUGACGGAUGGGGUCAUUAGACGUUCAAUUUCGACUGAUAGUAACGCAAUCCUGUCAAAUUCAUCAAGUUUAAUCACACGAACAACAAUACGCGAAGCGAAUAACCACCUACAAAUGUUGUACAUACGUAAUCAAGAACUCGAACAAUUGACACAUGAACAAAAAGAAGAAAUUCAACAAAGAAAUUUCGAAUGUAGUAAACUGUAUCGAGCUAAUCAACUCUUAGAACAACAUUGUCAACAAUUACAGGCCUUACUUGAUGAUCGAACUCAACGUUUAUAUUCGUACGAACGAAAAGAAGUUCUCUUUCAACAAAUAAUCGAGUUCAAACCAACUCUCGAAUCGUUAGUAAGAAUGUUAAAUACAUUCGAGCAAUCGUCGUCAUUAUUACCAGUUUCAAUCGAUAAUAAACCAUUAGAGUUCGUCCAAGCAGCGAACAGAAUAACUCCUUCCGAGAUCUAUUUGUCAGAUUUGUAG